UGGUUCUAGAAAGGUGUAACGUAACAUCUCUGCCAGUAUAAGUGUGGAGCCGGAGUGGAUCGUGGUAUAUAGUUUCGUUGUGACUUCGCUUAAAUUUUUACCAACGUUUUGUUGAAACUUUAAAAAUGCCUCGACGUGGACGAAGUUCUCCUCCCCCAAGAGCUGCCCCAGUGCCUGCUCGUGCACCACAGCACAACCAGCCAGCUCAUCCUCCUCAACAAGCAGCACCUCCAAUGAUGCAAGCAGAGCAACCAUCUAUGUUUAAGCAGAUGGCAGCAACGGCUGGUGGAGUAGCUGUUGGUUCUGCAGUGGGUCAUGCAGUGGGACACGGCCUUACUUCAAUGUUCAGUGGGGGUGGUGGCUCUAGUGCCGACGCUGUUCCUCAAGCAGAAGCACCAGCACCACAACAGAGUUACAGUAACCAGCCAACGGAACCAACCGGACCUUGUGCAUGGGAAAUAAAGCAGUUCUUACAGUGCGCUCAGCAGCAGAGUGACCUUUCACUUUGUGAAGGUUUCAAUGAAGCUCUGCGGCAGUGCAAAACGUCAAAUCACUUGCCUCUUUGAGCGGAACUGGACAUCAACGGGAUAGUUGAAUUUGCUGUUGAAGCAUGAAGUAGCAGCAUGAAAAUUCUAGUCUCAGUGAACAAAAAUAUCAAAGCCUAGGAGUAAAAAUUCCAACUCUUCUUGGAGCUAUUAUCCAAUAUUGCUGUGUUAAUAUUCACUUGACAACUGAGAAAGUUUUCAUUAUGAUGUAAACAGAGUACUGAGAAAUAAAGUUAAAGGUUGUAAAGUUGUUAGUGUUGAUCUUGAAUGUAUAUGUUGAAAAUAAAAUUGACAUAAAAGGC